CAAUUGUCAAAAAUCCAAAGCAAUAAUAAAGGCAUCCCGGCAAUUUCAAUUAGUAAAUAAAAAGGUUUUUCUUUUUUAUAAAAAAUUUCAAACGUUUGCUACCGAUUUGUGUUUUUUUCUGUUUAAUCUAAGAUUUAUCAUGGGCAGAAGAGGUAAGAAAGCCUGGAGAUAUCACAAGAAAUUAUCGAAUGUUGAAGAAGGUACAAGUUCAAACAGCUUUGGAUCAUGGAGAAAUGAAAGCCAAAAUGAAGUAUCAUAUAGAAGUGACUCAGAACGACCACCCCCUGGGACAAAAGGAAGGGAUAUUGGGUUAUGGUAUAGAUCAAGGCAGAAAAAGAGAAGUUUGGAAGAAAGUGAAUCUCAAAGCUCUCAAAUGAGCCCAGAGUCAUCAUGGUCCGAAAGGUCACAAGUUCUAUAUGAAGAAGAUUCUUUUAAGGCCCAUCAACAUGGAAAAGAUAUAGGAUUAAUGUAUAGGUCAAGGCAAAUGAAGGAUAAAAGACAUGAUUUAGAAGCAGGUACAACCCAAGCAACAGCAAUAUAUGAAAAUAGGGAACAAUCAAGAAAGAAGUUGAAUUUGGAAAAGAUGAAAGUUCAGGCAGAAAAACCACUUGGAUCUAUAGUAUUAUCUGAAAGCAAAAAAGCAAACAUAAAUCAGUUGUUAAACCAAACUGAAAGAUCCAUAUAUCCUAGGUCGUUUUUAGAAAAAACCAACUCUUUUGAACAUUUAGAAGAAACUGAUUUUAAACAUGAGUUUUUGCAACAUAUUACAGGAAAUAUCAUAGAAAAAUUGAAAGCUGCACCCAGUACAGGGAAGCAAUUUAAAAAUGAAUUUACGGAUAUUAUGUUAUUAGACGAACUUAAAAAGAAAAAGGCAGAAGAAGGUUAUCAACGCAUGCAAAAAGUGAGAAAAAAUUUGCCUUCUAUGGACAAAAAAGAUGAAAUUUUGGACAUGAUUCAAAAAAAUCAGAUUACUGUAAUUAGUGGAGAAACUGGUUGUGGAAAAACUACUCAGGUAGCACAGUUUAUCCUGGAUCACUACAUAUCUACAUCUAGGGGCUCAGAAUGUAAAAUAAUAUGUACCCAACCCAGAAGGAUCAGUGCUAUUUCUGUUGCGGAAAGGGUUGCCCAGGAGAGAGAUGAACAGUUGGGUAUAAGUGUUGGGUACCAGAUCAGAUUAGAAAAGGUUGCUCCAAGAGAAAGAGGCUCUAUCCUAUUUUGUACCACCGGAGUACUCUUAAAAUACAUGGAAUCAAAUCCAUCCCUAAAAGAUGUAUCUCAUUUAAUCCUAGACGAAAUCCACGAACGUGACGUCACUUGUGAUUUUCUUAUUACUCUAUUAAAAGACGUUAUUAGAUACAGGACUGACAUCAAGGUUAUUCUUAUGAGCGCUACGUUAAAUGCCGAAGCAUUUUCGAAAUAUUUUAAUGGCGCACCGCACAUUAAUAUUCCGGGUUUUACUUGGCCAGUACAGCAAUACUUUUUGGAAGAUGUUUUGCAGUUGACGGACUUUAAAUUUGUGGACGACAGUAGGCCUAUUUGGGUUCGAAAGAUGAAUAGCAAAAAAGACCGGGCAUGGUCGGAUUCUGUGGCCCCAUUUAUAAGACAAUUAGAAGCCGAGGGAAAGUAUAAACAGUCAGUUAUUGCAGAAUUAUGGAAACCCAAUAGUGAAAAACAAAACAACUUUUUAAUAUACACAUUAAUUUUAAAAAUAUGCCAAGAAAAAUACGACGGGGCCAUAUUAGUUUUUGUACCAGGAUUCGCGGAUAUUCAAUUCCUAGUUAAAAAAAUGCAGGAAUCUGGUAAUUUUCCUGCAAGCAAAUACUUAAUAUUUCCGUUGCAUUCCCAAUUGCCUACUAUGGAUCAAAAACAAAUAUUCCAAACUCCUCCAAAAGGCAUGAGAAAAAUUAUAAUUUCAACUAAUAUAGCUGAAACUUCCAUCACAAUUGAUGAUGUGACUUGUGUUAUAGACAGUGGAUAUAUUAAAAUUUCAAAUCUUGAUUUAGAAUCUGGCAUUGAAACUUUACAACCGGAAUUGGUAUCUCAAGCAAACGCCGCACAAAGAAAAGGACGCGCGGGUCGUGUGAAACCAGGUACUUGCUAUCAUUUGAUUACAAAAUAUCGAUACGAUAUGUUGGACAAAUUUCUGAAGCCCGAAGUGCUUCGGAAACGACUGGAAAGUGUGAUUUUGACACUGAAAAUGUUACAGUUAGGCGAAGCAGAACCGUUUCUAUCAAGACUAAUGGAUCCACCUCAAAGCAAAUCGAUCCAGUCAUCAUUAGCCCUUUUACAAAGAAUGGGUGCACUUACAGAUGAAGAAGGACUGACGCCCCUUGGGUUCCAUAUGGCUAAGUUGCCGGUGGGGCCACACUGUUCCAAAAUGCUUAUUAUGGCUUCGCUGUUUAGUUGCGUCGAUCCUGUUUUGUCCGUUGCUGCAUCUUUAGGUUUUAAAGAUGCCUUUCAACUGAGCACGUCAGAAUCAAAAGAAGCCGAUAAAAUGAAAUACCAGCUCUCUGGCGACUCUUACAGUGAUCACAUUACAAUGCAUUAUGCUAUAUCUGGUUAUGAAGAAGCAGAUAACAAAUGGGCCUUCUGUAGGAAAUAUUACCUUAGUUCAAGUAUUCUAAAACUGCUUAUAGAUAUGAAACAGCAAUUCGCUAGGGAGUUAUUUGAUAUGCACUUUAUUAAAGAUCCUCACCCAAAGAGCCAUUCGAGUAACUUAAAUAGUAAUAAUAUGGCGCUUGUUAAGGCUAUUAUUGCAGCGGGGCUAUAUCCAAAUGUUGCUAUUAUUACCAAACAAAAAGCCGGCAAGAGACCUUCAAUGCUGCGAUCUAUCGACUAUGAAAAGAUGCAAUUUCAUCCGAAAUCUGUUAUGAAUUAUGUAGAAGUAAUUCCUUCGCCUUUACUAGUUUACUUUUUGAGAUUAAAAUCUAUUAAACUGUAUGUUCAUGAAGCUACCAUCGUUUUCCCACUUUCUAUUGUAUUUUUUGGAGAUAAAUACAAGAUUCACAGCGAUGAACAAAGCAAAUUCAAAGGUAUCUCAAUUAACGAUAAUAUGAGAUUUAUUUGUACUGAGAGUACUGCUAUGUUAAUUCAAAGGCUUAGGGAACAUUUAAAUGAGAUAUUAGAAUGGAAAGUGUCUCAUCCGGGAUUUGUCGAUUGGUCCAGUUCAACACCUGAAACUCAAGUUUUGCGAGUAAUAAUGGACUUGAUUCGAACCGAGGACAGUGGAGAUUUUGAUUUAAGCGAUUUUGAAGAUGAUUAACUACUGACUAAAUACCUAUUUUGAUUAUUUGAUUAUAAAUAAAUUUUUGGUACGUUUGCUUAAAGUAAGAGAGUUUAAAUUUGAUUUGACAUUUUCAAAUGUUUUUUUUUUAAUUUGUUUAAAUUAUUUGUUAAAUAAAUAUUUCUUAUUGUUAA